CCAAAAUAUCAUUUGAGAUUUGACUCUGCAAGAGAAUCAGAUAAAUUGUUUCAUCUUAUUCUGCUGAAUAUUGUCUGCGAGUUGACGACAUUUUUAUUCUUUGUAGAGCAACUUGGAUAAAAAGGCGUUUCUCUUCUUUUUCAAGUUUGACAUGUCCCUAGAAGCCUCUACUAGUGUACCCAUCAGGUUAUAUUUCGCAAAAGUCUUCUUCCAAGUGCCUAACGCAAGGAACUUUCGUAUAGUGACUCACUUAUUCAAUGAUCUGAUGGUUGAGAAUGGAAGAAGAAUAGGGACUCAACUGCAGCUGAACAAAUCGUUCUUUGAAUUUGCAGAGCUUUUAAAAGUUUUACCUUUUUUUAUAUUGGAAGAAAUAAUAGCCCUCUUGGAGUUAUAUCGUUCCUAAAGCAGCUUUGUACUUUUUAUAGUUUGCUUUCUUGUAUAUCUUUAAAAGUUGUGGUUUUUACAAAGUUUAUCGUACAAGAGGAUGCAGCAAAAGCCUUUAAACCUAAACAGUCAUGUUUACCUUCAAAAACACCUCAAAUGUAUAGUCGACUAUUGAGGAGAAGGAAUUCAACUAUGAUUCAAAUGUGAGGAACGAGAAAAGAAUCGAUAGAAUAGACUCAAUUUGACUGAAUUGAAUUUCUUGAAAGUAUCUUUUCUCCUCUUAACAGAAUCCACAGUAUUAAAUGCCACUAUUUUCAGAGGAGAAAGAAACAGGAGUUAUUGACUCUAUUACAGAAAUUGAGUAUUGAUGAUGCACUUGUGUGAGUCAAUGUUGUUUCUGAGAUUUGAUAAAACCACGAGAUAUUUUGGAUCCUUCUUUGCACAUUUGUUUCGGUUUGUCUUUUUGCUAUCAUCAACUUUUGUAGCUUUAGUGAUAAGCUGCUACUUGUCAUGAUAUCGUGAGAAAGGAAUUUGAUGAUUCCUGAAAAUAAAGCAGUGCUGUGCUUG